CGCCCGGGGAUUUAAGGCCUGGGCUCGCGGCGGGCCGCGGGGGAGCCAGGAGACCGCGCCGGGCAGCGGGUGAGGCCCAGGGCACCUCCCCCCGGCUUCCCCAAACCCUGCCCGGUCAGACCCGAGGGGGAGGAUGGAAACAUCGGCCGAACUCUGAGCCCCUCAGGAAGAUAACACCCUUCCCGCCCAGUCGCCCUGCGGUCCAGCGGAGGCCACCGACUCGUUCACUCCAAGUCUCCAUCUCCCCGAGCCGGACCGACCGGAAAAACCAGCGAUGGCGGAAACCCUGAGGAAACUGGUCUCCAACGAUUUUUUACGAACGAUGUACGAGAACCUGGAGCGCUGGCAGAGGGAUUACAACACAAACUCAUGUGAUCAGAAUCUAAGUUUUUGCCUGGAAUUCAUUGAACAAGUUGCCAAGAUGCAGGGACAACUCUUUGGAAUCCUCACUACAACAGCUCAAGAAGGAGGACGUUAUGAUGGUGUGGAAGUAAUCAAAUCACGCCUUUUGCCUUGGCUGGAGACCGCCUUUACUGCUGCUUCCCUGGGAAAACCUAUUGACAGCAAGGUCCCCUCUCUGCAAGACACGUUUGAAAGGGAGAGACAGAAAGAGGCUGGUGCUCGAGAUCGGGAGAUGAAACAAUUAGAAGUGGAGCUGAGCUCAACUCAUAAUCAAAUCAACCAGAUUCAAGAUGAUCUGCCUGACUCUCCAAAGACUCUUGAAGCAACCAAGAACAGAUCGGCCAUAUCCCUCUUGGCUGCAGAGGAGGAAAUAAAUCAGCUAAAAAAGCAGCUUAAAUCUCUUCAAGCCCAGGAGGAGUCCCGCCACAGAGGCUCAGCGCAUAGAGCCUCCGUGCAAAAGAGCUCAGAGCGAGGUGUGGAGCCCAGAGGUGUGGAGCCCAGAGGCCCGGAGCGGAGGACCUCGGAGUUGAGGCGGUCAGAGCAUCGCAGCUCCGAAAAGCGCAGCGGCUUGGACAAGCGCAUCUCCGGCUUGGACAGGCGUGACCGUGACCGUGACCGUGACCGUGACCGUGAGCGGUGUGACCCCGAAGUGAUAUCCGAUUAUGAGAAGCAGGUCCGCUCGCUGAAGGACGAGAUUGCUGCUCUGACGGCCGAAAAGUCUGCCCUCCAAGAAAGGUCCGACACAUUCUCACACAGCUUCUCUCAGUGCCCUGUGCUAGUGGAACAGCACAGUAGCUAUCACCGUGGGUGGGAAACCAAGCGAAGUGACUCCCUUGAACCCAGACCCCCACAGUACAGGAACUCGCCAAGGCUGGGGCACGAAGCAAAGACAACCUGGCCUCUCCUUUACCUCUGGCUUCCUGGCUGUGAGACGCCAGGGCCCCCACUAACUUUCGUGAGCUUCCAGUUCCUCACCCGUAACGUGGCCAACCAUCAAUGCUGGGCUCACGGGCUGCGACAGGCUAAACAGGUGCUCAGGCGCGAGCGUGCUUUACGGAGCGGCCUGCGCCGGGCCAACGCGUCUUGUUCCACGGCUGUGGAGACGUGCCUGCUGCGGCAAUGCAUCGACAACGCCGAGACCGUGCAGCGCAUCAUCUACAUCGCCACCGUGGAGGCAUUCCAUGUAGCUAAAAUGGCGUUCAGACAUUUCAAAAUCCGAGUAAGGAAAUCUUUGACACCAUCUUAUAUGGGGGCAAAUGACUUUGAGGAUGCCGUCACGGAUUAUAUAAUUUGUCACCUUGAUCUAUACGAUUCCCAAAACAGUGUCAACGACGUGAUUCGAGCCAUGAAUGUCAAUCCCAAGAUUUCAUUCCCUCCGGAAGUUGAUUUUUGCCUCCUCAGUAACUUCAUCCAGGAGAUUUGUUGCAUUGCCUUUGCGAUGCAGACUUUAGAGCCGCCCCUAGAUAUUGCAUUUGGGGCCGAUGGAGAAAUGUUUAAUGAUUGCAAGUACCGUCGCAGUUACGACUCGGAUUUCACGGCGCCCUUGGUCUUCUAUCACGUGUGGCCUGCCCUCAUGGAGAAUGACAACGUCGUUAUGAAGGGGGAAGCUGUCACCAAGAGAGGGGCUUUUUGGAAUUCUGUGCGACCGCUAAGCCGAAGUCGAAGCAGGAGUUUAAGUCCCAUCUGCCCCCGUAGCCGUAUUGGUAUGAGCCUGAUAUCUCGAAGCCGGAGUCCUUCUCCAAUAAGAUGUGCACUGCCAAGGUACUAAACCACCAGGCGUGUUCCUCUGCCACAGCACAUCACCUG